AUGUCUCUCAUUUGGCUCACUCUGUUGCUCUCAGCUCACCUGGCUGAAUGUGUGCCGGAAAAGCAGAAAAGAUCCGCUCUGAACCAGCUGACCAGGACCCUCCUGAGGAAAUACGACUGCGGGGUUCGACCUGUUCAUAACUGGACCAGUCCGACCGUUAUAUACAUAGACCUCAUACUGCAGUCCGUCCUUGACGUGGAUGGAAAGACCCAGAGCAUAACUACAAGUAUUUGGUACAGACAGAUCUGGACAGACGAGUUCCUGGUUUGGGACCCGGAGGAGUUUGACGGCAUAAAUGAGAUCUCACUGUCAUCCGAUGCCAUCUGGAUUCCUGAUGUUAUUGUUAGUGAAUUCGUGGACGAGGGGAAGUCCCUACCGAUCCCCUACGUGUACGUGAACGCCUCUGGCUCGGUGAGGUACUACCGGCCCAUGCAGGUGGUGCUGGCCUGCAGCCUGGAGAUGUACGCCUUUCCAUUCGACAAGCAAAACUGCAGCCUCACCUUCCGCAGCUGGCUGCACUCGGUGAAGGAAAUAGACCUGGCGCUGUGGAGGAGUGCAGAGGCCAUCGCUAACGACAAGAGGGAGUUCAUGAACGACGGAGAAUGGGAGCUGUUGUCCGUCCCCUCGAGCUACUGGCGGAUCCGCCAAGACGGCACCAGCUACGCCCACAUCCGGUUCAACGUGUUGAUCCGCCGGCGCCCCCUGCUGUACGUGGUGGGCCUCCUCAUCCCCAGCAUCUUCCUCAUGCUGGUGGACGUGACCAGCUUCUACCUGCCCCUGAGCAGCGGCACGCGCAUCGCCUUCAAGAUCAGCAUCCUGCUGGGCUACACCCUCUUCAGGGUCAACCUGACGGACGAACUGCCCGCCACAGCGGUCAAUACUCCCCUCAUCGGUGUGUUCUUCGCCGUGUGCAUGGCGCUGCUGAUGCUCAGCCUGAUCAAGUCGAUCCUGGUGGUGAAGCUGCUGCACCACGGCGAGAAGGAGGUGCGGCAAAUGUCGCUGUCGGCCUGCCUGCUGGACAAGUACGGCUUCACAGAGAGCGCCCUGACCUCCAUCAGGACCCUCGAUCGCGUCGACCCCUCCGCAGAUUAUGAGUUCGACGCCUCGCUGGAGGAAGAUCUGCUGUCCCUGAACGAGAUGCCGGAGGUUCCAUCUGGGCUGGAGUGGCUUCUCCAGGAGCUGGUUUCCCUCCACCUGGCCUUCUCCCAGGAGGACAGUGAGUCCUCCGCUCAGGCCGAGUGGCUGGCCCUUUGCUCCAAGCUCGACUGCUUCCUGUUCCGCUUCUACCUGUUGGUUCUGGCCUCGUACGCCGCCACGCUGCUGAUGCUGUGGGCCAGCUGGAGCUUUGCCUGACCGCUUUGUCACAGGCUUUAGUGAUUGCUUUAGUACUGUGAAAGAACUCUUUGUUUAUGAUGUUCAUUUUUUUUCUGUUUUGAUGCA